CUCUCUCUCUCUCUUCUGUGCCUCUUUUUCUGUCUCCUCCGAUGCAGAUACGCUGUAUACACUACUGCAGCAAGUAGACGAAGAUUUCCCGGGUUUUUCUUCCCCUUCCCCUAUAAUUGUGCUACUGGGAUAGUCUACUUAGUAAUGCCUAUCGGCCGGGGUACUCACUCUUCCUAUACAAUUUCAGCUUCGCUGGUCUGAUUCUUUGUUUCCUUAAGCGGCUUUAAAGAAAGUUCCUGAUGCAAUCCCAAGAAUCUUUCUUGGCUUCUUGAUCUCUCUGCAAUUCCUUGCUUUGUCUUUCGUCUAAGCUUGGGGUACUUGAUGCAAUGUCAGCUUACACAAAAUCAAGUAAGGAAUAUUCUGAACCUGCUAGAACAAUGGGGCAUGAUGUGGAGUUCAAAAGGAAUUCAAGACAACAACAAUCCUCAAAUGCUGUAAAAGAGAAGAUCCUACCAAUUCAAGCACAUCAACGUUUGAAGUUUCACAAAAAGCUUGAAGUAAUCAACCCCUUUAUUCAGCUGUCCACUGAUAAUCAUCCUGAUGGGUUAAGACAGCAAAUGGAUGAUGAGCUAGUGAUACAGAAGAAGUCUUCAGUAGGUUUGCAAAAGCAGCAGCUUGUGUCAAAGACAAAUAAUGAGGAUGAUGAACUCGUCAAGCAUAUGUCUAAUUUGCCUGGCUAUCUCCAGCGAGUGGAAAAGCAGAAGAAUGUUCAAGUACAGGCUUUGAAUUUUGGAGUUCUUGAUUGGAAACGUCUAGAGAAAUGGAAGUACAACGAGCGUAUGCCAGCUAGAAGUCACCCAAAAGUAUCAUCAAGUGGUAAAUCCAUGGAUAUGGAGAAUGGAAAAUCUGCACUGUCAAAAACCUCUGUUGGUAGAAAACAACAGAUGAUGUCCAGCACUGAAAUGAAAUUGUGUGAUGAUGUCCAGCAAUCCAAAGGGAAGUUAAAAAACAUCCAAUAUCCUCAAACUCGUUCAGGUCGCACCGCUGCUGGGCAGAAAAAAGAUUAUUGUCAAAAGGUGAAAAAUCCCAGCAGCAGUUGUCCUCAGAUGAAUCAUGAGAAGGGCAAGAAGAAAGAGGCGGAUUGGACCACAUCACAGCAAAAAGCAGCAUUAUCCUUGGAUCAGAUGGAAAAUAGCAUCUCGAUGUCUUCACUUCCAAUGUGUUAUCAGCAAGGUAAAAUUGGGACUGGAAGAGAUGAUGACAUAAAGGGUCGUCCCAUAUCUUCCAAUGCUGAACUUCAAAAUAUAGUGCUUCUAGUGCCCAAAUGUCCUUCCAAAAGGCGUUCCUCACAGAAUUCUCGGUCAUUAGAAUCGAGAAUAUCACCUAAUGAGCAGUUGACAAAGCACGCUAGGGGCAGAUAUUCUGAUUGCUUUUCUUCUCUUGAGCUUCAAUCUGGAGAACUCUACAAUGAAAUUCCAUGUUCGUUUCCCAUGCCCGCUAGUGUUGCCACUGCACGAGACAGAAAACCAGGUUACUGCAUGCAGCCACGUAAUAAUAAUAACUCAAUCAACUCCCAGUCAUCUGAAGCCAAAUGUUUGCAUUCAAAACUUUGCAAUGUUGGUUGUCCAGCUUCAGUUGAUGCUUGUGAAGUGACGGAGUUGAAUACUGCUAAGGAAACAAAUUCCAGGACAUCGUCUCAUGGACAGUUAGCAGAUGGCAACAGGUUAUCAUAUUCUGGUGAUUUUUCUUCUCAGGAGCUUCACAAGAGAGAACUCCAAUAUGAAAUUCCGCAUUCCUCUCCCCUGCCUGCAACUGUUGCUAUUUCCCGAGGCAGGGAACCAGAUGUUUGGAUGUAUCCAUUUCAAUGUGGUAUCUCAAGCGAGCCCGGAUCAUCUAGAGCCACAUGUUCAGAAGAAAAAAGCUACAACCUUGACGAUUCAGUUUCAGUUGAGAGUUUUAAGGGAACGAACUUGGAUUUUGCUAAGCAUACAGCUGAUAAAAGAAGACAUCCAUCACCUAAUAGGAGGUUUAGUUUUAGCUUUGGUAGAUUAAGCAGAAGUUUCAGUUUUAAGGAGAGUUCGGCAGUUCCAGCAUUGAGCUCCACACCUCUUGCUGCUAAGUCCAGUCGAGAAAACCCAGAGGUUUUUGCUGCUAUUGACGACAGUAAAAUGGACAAGGCAAAUUCUAGUGGCAGAAGACGUCCAAGUCCGUUCAGGAGGUUACUAGACCCAGUGUUGAAAUCCAAGGUUGCUCAUUCUACUGAAGCAGUACAGAGCAAGGGAGCUAUAGAAAAAAACUCCAGUUUUGGGAGUGUGCAGCCUAUCAGCAAUAGUAAGCCACUUUCCAAUGAGACAAAUCAGGCAUCACCUGUUCAAGCUCUUAUGCAACUUACUGUCAAGAAUGGACUCCCUUUCUUCAAAUUUGUGGUUGAUAAUAGGAGUGACAUUCUAGCUGCUGCUGUGAACCAAUUACCAACAUCUGGAAAGGUUGAUAGCACCUUGACAUUUUCAUUCUACUCAGUUCAUGAAAUUAAGAAGAAAGCUGGGGGCUGGAUAACUAAUGGGUCUAAAGAAAAACAUUGUGGUUUUGGUUAUGAUAUUGUCGGUAAGAUGAAGAUAUCUAGAUCUUUCUUCUCAGAGUUGAAUGCUGAUGGCUGUAAUGACCAAUUUAUGGUAAUAGAAUCUGUCUUAUUUGAUGUUAACGUCGCUGAAGGGAACAAAGGAGCACCAGAAGUUUCACCAAACAGGGAGCUUGCUGCCAUUAUCUUUAAGGAGCCAGCUGCAAAAUGGAAUAAUAGGGAAUCAAUAGUAGGUCACACAUGCAAACAAAAAGGUUUUCUUGGCUUUUCACCAGGCAGUACCUAUGGCUAUGGUGAAAAAGAGAAUUUCAGCAGUAUAACAGUCAUUCUUCCUGGCGGUUUUCAUAGUUUACCAAAGGAUGGUGCACCUUCAUCCUUGAUUCAGCGCUGGAAAUCUGGGGGAUCAUGUGAUUGUGGAGGAUGGGAUGUUGGUUGCAAGCUGAAAGUUCUUGCCAACCAGAAGAAAGGAAGCAACUCUUCUAUACCAGCUACGAGCUGCUCGACACUACACCGUAUGAAUCUUUUCAUCCAGGGUGGAGAGGGAAAAGGCCAGCCCAUCUUCAGUUUGGCACCAUUCAAAGAUGGAUUUCAUUCAAUUGACUUUGAUGCAUCAGUUUCCUUGCUAGAAGCAUUCUCUAUUUGCGUGGCUGUCAUAACGAGUCGACACUUAUCUGGCAUCUUUGAUGGUAACCUUCUGCCAGAAGCAAAAGUUUCUGUGGAAGCCAAGAAUGAGGACGUUGACAUGAAGAACAUGAGCAUAACCCCAGGCCAGGUCCCUCCAAAAUAUGUUUCAUCGCCUCCCCCCUCACCAGUAGGGAGGAUUUGAGUGCCUGAUUAUUGGGAGUUUGG